CGGAAACUCGGAAACUCCCCUGGUGAUUUUUUUGGCCAUGCGUAGGUUCGCAUCGAAUGCUUCCUGACUCUUUCUGACAAUUUGAAUCGACUUCGCCGCACUCUCCAUGCUCAGUUCGCGUCCAGCUCUGUGAUAAGCCGUCCCGCGCCCGCCUGUUAGCUCCGCGUCUCCGCGUCCUCCGCGGUGACGCCGGGGCUCGCAUCAUGAUAAAAGCAGCAGCGCGGCCAAUACAAUGGCAACGAUGGAUUUGUUCGAGCUGCCUAUCCCAGCGUGCCGGAGCCGCCCGCCAGGUUCGCCGGCUCUGGACGUCGCCUAGAUUGAACGACGCAGGGGAACCGGUCCGCCUCCCACAUCUAUUGCGCGAUGACGAUUUCCUCCUGCGCUCCGUCUUCGACUACCCCAAGAUCUGGCAUGAGUUCACUAAGUUUCCGGUGGCCCCAACCGUACAUGUCGGCCUCUUCCGAAAUGCGUACCUCAAGUCGCCCCGUGGUUUCCUCACCUACGCCCGGGUCAGUCUGAAGAAGGCCCGGGCCAUCGUGGAAAAGGUGUUGGCCGCGUCCUCGGUCGCCGAGUACCGUACCAUCGUCCGCGACCUAGACCGCCUGAGCGACAUUCUUUGCCGCGUGCUCGAUAUGUCCGACUUUGUUCGCGUCACCCACCCAGACCGCGCGACGCAGCGCGCAGCGGGCGAGGCGUACGACUUGGUCUACCAGUACAUGAACGAGCUCAAUACGAUGACGGGCCUGAACGACCAACUGGCCGUGGCCAUGGCGGACCCCCAAGUCACGGCUACGUGGUCGGAGGAGGAGAAGACGGUGGCGGCGUUGCUGAAGCUAGACUUCAUCAAGUCAGCGGUCAACAUGCCCCAGAAAGAUCGGGACCGCUUCGUCGAGCUUUCAUCCCAGAUCAGCACGCUCGGAUCCGCCUUCACGCAGGAGAUGUCUCCCGAGCUGCCGACGCUCGUCCUCCGCAGCAGUGACCUCCAGGGCAUGGAUCCGCUCACGGCGCGGGAGAUGACCAGGGAUGGCAUGAUUCACCUUCCCACGCUGAGCUGGCAAGCCUCGAUGGCGUUGCGCACCGUGCACGACCCGGAUGCACGGAGGCUCAUCUAUUACGCCUCCCGCACUGCCUCGCGCCGCUCGGUGGAAAUGCUGGAGCACCUGAUGCAGCUGAGAGCCGAGCUGGCCCAUCUUUCGGGCUUCGAGAGCUACGGCCACCUUGCACUCCGCGAUCGCAUGAUGGCAAGAAGCCCCGAGGCUGUCAACCAGUUUCUCCAGGCCCUAGUCGAGAGCAACAGGCCCAAAGCCGAGAUGGAAAUGGCAGAACUCCUGGCUGAGAAGCAAAAGGCUUACUCCAGAGCGACCAGCCUCGACCCUUGGGACAAGGACUAUUAUUCCAACAUCAUCCGCCGACCACUCGAGCUGUCAGGGCGCCAAGGCAACCUCUUGUCGAACUACUUCUCCCUGGGCGUCGUCAUGCAGGGCCUCUCCAGGCUCUUCGAAGAGCUGUACGGCAUCCGUCUUGUUCCGAAGCAGCCCCUGGUUGGCGAGACGUGGCACCGGGACGUGCGCCGCUUGGACGUCAUAUCGGACACAGACGGCCACGUCGCCGUCCUGUACUGCGACCUCUUCUACCGCCCGGACAAGUCGCCGAACCCGGCGCACUUUACCCUCCGGUGCUCGCGCGAGAUUUCCGAGGCCGAGCUGGCAGAGGUGUGGGAACAGAGCCAGGAGGACCCGGACAUGGCCAUCUUCGCAGCGCCCAAGUACGCGGCCAAUGAUGGGAUGGCCUUCUCGCAGCACGGCGGCUCGAUGAAACAGCUCCCGACGAUUGCCCUUGUGUGCGACUUCCCGCAGCCAGGGGCCGAGGGCGACCGGCCGGCCCUCCUCAGCUUCUUCCAGCUGGAGACCCUCUUCCACGAGAUGGGACACGCCAUCCACUCGAUCCUCGCGCGCACUUCGUUCCAGACGGUGUCGGGGACUAGGUGCGCGACCGACCUGGCGGAGCUCCCGUCGACCCUCAUGGAGUAUUUUGCGGCAGACCCGUACGUCCUGGGGCUGUUCGCUCGCCACCACAAGACCAACGAUCCGCUGCCGUACCAGAUGGUGGCUCAGAAGGUCCGCCAGGCGCGGAGGUUCGAGGCGUCCGACAUGGAAGACCAGAUCAUCAUGGCGAUGCUGGACCAGGCCUUGCACUCGUCCGAGGCGAGCAAGCCCGGCUUCGACUCGACUGAAAUCUUCCACGGCCUGCAGAGGACAUACAGCAGCGGGCCGGCCGACCCGCCGAGCACGCGGUGGCAGGGUUUCUUCAGCCACCUGUCGGGCUACGGCAGCACCUACUACAGUUACCUGUUCGACCGCGUGCUGGCCCGGCGCGUGUGGGACGUGGUCUUCCGGUCGGGCAAGGCGGGCGCCGCGCUGAACCGGGAGAACGGCGAGCGGCUGAAGGAGAGCCUGCUGAAAUGGGGCGGCGGGCGGGACCCGUGGAAGUGCCUGUCCGAGGUGCUGCAGGACGAGAGGCUGGCGGACGGCGGCGAGGAGGCGAUGGCCUGGGUCGGCAGCUGGCAGCCUACUGCCAAGCAGAGGGACUCAGAUGUAGAUGAUAAACGAUAGAUGGGCCUUACAGCCUGGCUGGACACGAAUCUGAAUAUCUAAAACAUGGACACGCGCACGCGCUACACGAGGAUGCACUGAACAGUCUCGACGGGGUCUAUGUAUAUUGGUCUUUGGUGCAUGCAUGUCUGAUGUACGCUUUACAUCUGUGGUUUAUAGAAACGUAGGGGUUCUCUAGACCCACGAUAGUUAGCUCUACCUUAGACGCCAGCGCGGAUGCCCAAAGUAG